UGCGCCCCAAUGCAGUUAAGUGAUUCUUAUUAUCCUCAUGGUAUUAUACUGAGGGUUCCUAUUUGUUUUUCUCAAUAUCUUAAACCGACUAUUCUUUACAUUAGCGAGUCCAGAGUCUCGCGACGUACCUUCUCUCUCUUUCAGCGCGCGAUUCUUUUUUCCACUGCUGAGGGCGUGACGCGCGCUGUAACAUCACAUAUAUGAUUUUAUGCUUAAAACUCUCAUGAGGCGUCUUUUUAUUCAUCAUCAGUGAAAUUAUAUCAGUGACAGAUGGCUGGACAAAAAUCUAGACCCGACGAAGAAAUCGAGCUUGAUUUGAUUAAAACUGGAGAAAGAACCACUUUGGUGAAAACAGGAGUGGAGGUUUCCAGCACAUUAUCUGGGAAAACUGAACUGAGGCUUUCUCCUAUUCCUGAGCUAGAUCCCUGGGAAAGAGAAGCAAACAUAAGCUCUCCAGAAUUCUCUUACUCUUUAUGUUCAGUGGACAAGUACAGCACUGCCUCCUCUUCAAACAACUCACUGUCUGACUCCCAAGAGAAAGGAGAGGAUUGUGCCGGGGUUGUGCUGAAUUUUCUCUUCUGCCGAUUCUACGACCUGUGUCUCAUGCUACCUGAGACGUGUGAGCGAGCUGCUAACUUCAUCUGUCCUGCCUACAUGUACUUUUCUGCCCCUGUGGAACCUGUGCACAGCUCCGACUGGAACUGCAACUGUGAUUUUGACUGUGGUCUCAUGGAUGCCUGCCACGAAACGGGGGAAUGCCUUGAGCUUGCCAUGGAAAUCUCUGAGGUUUGCUAUCGCUGA